GAAAGACGGCGGCAUGGGCAUGGCAUGGGCAGGCUGCGUAUUUCAUCACAGGCCCGACUGCUCCAUCUCUCCGGGGAAAAAGAGAACUCCCACCAUCACCAAACCUCAACCGCCAAGUCCAAAGUGCGCCCGAUUCACGACCCGGCUUCUGCCCACUAUCGUCAAGGCCAACUUGAAACUCACGCCUCCUCUAGCGCAACUCCGCCAGGUGUCGCCGUCUUGACAUCUCUCAGCUAUUCGACAGUGACAUCCUGUCAACGACGAUCACUUCAAGUUUAGGCGCUAUUAUACUUGAGCCGCCGGGGCUUUAGCCAUACGCAAUUGCCAAGUUGCCCAAGCGUUUGACGGCGUACCGCUGAAACUAUCUUGAGGUCAUACGAUUACCUGCCUGCCUUAGCCCCGGACCUGUCUUUCAGAACUGCUAUCCGCUUAAGCGAAGAUGAGCUUAGCCAACUUCGCAGUUCAUCUUCGUCAAAAACUCUCUAGUGUGCUUUCAGCCGUCGGCGUUGGCUCCGCGAGUGGCGCUGGCUCUUCGAACGCCACCGCCGGGGCCCAACUGCAGCAACGGCAAAGGCAGAAGAAUAAGGAAGCCGUCCUGCUCUGGGCAGGUUUGCAACAAACAGACACGACAGCGGCACUGAACGCUGAACUUCGACGAGCACACAUUGGGCUCGUCACCAAAACAAACUACAAGGCACCGAAAGACCCAGUGGUCCUUUGCCAUGGUUUGUUCGGAUUCGAUGUGUUGGGACCCGAAGCAGUGCCAGGGCUUCAAGUUCAUUACUGGAAGGGCAUCGCAAAUGCACUCCAAGACAUCGGAUGCAAAGUGGUUGUGUCCAGAGUGGGAACGGUGGCGGCGCUGAAAACGAGGGCGCAGGAGCUGCGGAGCUUUCUGGAAAACAAAGCAGAAGGGCGAGCCAUGAACCUCGUGGCACAUUCGAUGGGCGGGCUGGAUUGCAGAUACGUCAUCACCCAUCUGCCAUCGUCAAAAUUCAGGGUGAACUCCUUGACAACGGUCGCCACGCCGCAUCGUGGCAGCUCUUUCAUGGACUGGUGCCGGGAUUCGCUGGGUCUUGGUCUCCUCCAGGACUAUAUCAACAAGCAAUCCGACGAUGUGGUGGCAAAGCAUCUGACAUCACAUCACCAUUUACCACAAGAUACCAACACCGCAAACCCACUUUCCGACGCAAUGACGAGAACACUGCGAGCUCAUCCCCUCAUCCGCGCACUAGCCUCACCCAUCGAUUCCCCGGCAUUCGCAAACCUCACAAAGGACUAUUGCGCGGCGUUCAACGAAAUCACCCCGGACGAUCCAUCCGUCCAUUACGCAUCGUACGCCGCGGUCGUGUCGCAGAUGUCGCCCUUAGCACCACUUUACUUCUCCCACCGCAUCGUGUCGGAACGGGAAGGCGUCAAUGAUGGGUUGGUCAGUCUGGCGAGCGCCAAGUGGGGAGAGUUUAUGGGAACAGUGUCGUGCGAUCACUGGCAGCUUUUACCGCCCAAGAUGCGGGGCGUAGUCUUGCGGAAGAGCGGGUUCGAUUCGAUCGGUUUCUACCUCAACCUGGCCACCGAUCUGGCGGAGAGGGGAUACUAGACCUUCAUCACAACCUCCCCUUGUAGUUGUGCAUGUAGUACACAUCACUCCCUACAUCUACUUAUUGAGUACCCUUACAUUACACAAGUUGUUAAUAGACAUUCAUGGAGACACUCUUUUU